CGCUUCCCAAAGCUAGCCCCCCUCUCUCUCUCUCUCUCUCUCUCUCUCUCUCCUGUGCGUGCGUAACGAAAAUGUGUGGGUAUUGAUAAGCAUCAACACAUUCGAGCGAUCGGGACUCCAGCGUUCUCCAUCGGAGACUCCAAAGUUUACAGUAGAACAGUCUUGGUAAAUCCUGCACUCAAAAAACUCAUACUACGUGUUCCAGGGAUGCGUUAGACAACCAGCAGACAUCCUAGAGAAGACUCUUGCAAACGAUGGCAAAGGGAAGUGUGAACAAUUAUGAGGAAGCUCGCAAACAACGAGUUGAAGCAAACAAAAAGCAAUUUGAGGAGUUGGGGAUCUUGAAGAUUUCAAAGAGUCUAUCCGAUCUCAAAAAAUCUGAGCAGAAGCCUACGCAACGUCUUGCCAAGCCUAAAUCAGAAAGUGUCUACAUGAUAGAACCAAGGCGUUCUUCGCGUGCACGCAAUCCAGUUCCUACCUAUCGCGAUGAGGUUGACAUAGGGCUUCCACCUUUACGAAAGAGAUCAAAGCUCAAUUCAUCAUGGGCAAGCUAUCUUGCAAGACCAUUAGAUGAAGUCAAAACUGCAUCUUACGAACAAAGGGCUCAUGCUUUCAAAUCUGCUGAGAAGCUCGAAAGCAAUCUCACAUCCGGAAACCCAUCUUUUGUCAAAUCCAUGGUUCGAUCUCAUGUUUACAGUUGUUUUUGGUUGGGACUUCCUUCUAAAUUUUGCGAAGAUCAUCUUCCAAAAUCAACAAUAGAUAUAGUACUGGAAAACGAGAAGGGUGCAGAAUACGAUGCUGUGUACAUUGGCAAGAGAGUUGGGCUUAGUGGUGGAUGGAGAGCAUUUGCAUUGGAUCAUAAGUUGGAUGAUGGUGAUGCUCUGGUCUUUGAAUUGGUUGAACCCGCACGAUUUAAGAUUUACAUUGUGAGAGCAUCCAACUCCUCAAGUGAAGAUGAAGAAGAUGAUACUGCAGUUGGGGAUUGUGAUGCUAAAAGUACAUCAGAUGGGGCCAAAGACCCUGAUCAGAACGGUAAGGCAGAACCAAAACGUUCCACGAGAUCAAAGAAAGUAGUGAGCUCAAAAACUGCAAGGCAGAAGAAAAAAAAAAUGAAAAAGCAACAAGAAUGAUUUUCAGAAAGCCAGGUUAUUUCGACAGAAAAAUUCUUGAAACUCGACGGGUUCAAAACUUACAUAGCUAGAGGAUAUAUGCAUCGGCAUACUGAUGCAAAUUUUGCGGUAGUAUAUACAGGGUCACCUGAUUAUUGUAGAACCACUGUGUUGAAGAACCUGCAAAUCUAAGUUGUAGUGCUUAUUAGACUGGUUGUCUAUUGCCAUUACUGUUAUUGCUACUAUGAUACUCCCUGUUAUUGCAUUUUGCCAUUACCGUUA